AUGACGAGCAUUUUGGAGACGAAUUUGGACGGGAUCCUGCCCCUAGUUGCACGCGGGAAGGUGCGUGACAUCUACCAAGUGGACAGCAAGACUCUGCUGUUUGUAGCGACGGACCGGAUCUCCGCGUACGACGUGAUCAUGGAGAACACGAUCCCGGACAAGGGCAAGCUUCUGACGCAACUAUCCGAGUUCUGGUUCGAAUUUUUAAGCGGGGACAUCCGCAACCACUUGGUGCCAUUUGACCAGGGGAAGACGCUGUUCGACUACUUGCCCGAGGCUCUGUCCCAGGAGAAGUACCGCACGCAGUUGGACGGGAGGUCUCUGCUCGUGCGCAAGCACAAGCUGAUCCCACUAGAGGUCAUUGUGCGCGGGCACAUCACGGGGUCCGCUUGGAAGGAGUACUUGAAGUCCGGGACCGUGCACGGUGCUGUGGCCCCCACUGGGUUGCAAGAAUCGCAGCAGUUCCCAGAACCGAUCUUCACGCCGUCGACAAAGGCUGAUCAAGGCCAGCACGACGAGAACAUCUCCGUCGAGCAAGUCGGGAAGCUUGUUGGCCGGGAGCUAGCGCAGCGGAUCGGCGAGACCGCCGUGAAGCUGUACACCAAGUGCAGGGACUACGCACGCACGCACGGGAUCAUCAUUGCGGACACGAAGUUCGAGUUCGGGAUCGACGAGUCCUCUGGCGAGCUGAUCCUCGUGGACGAGGUGCUCACCCCGGACUCGUCCCGCUUCUGGAGCGGCGCACGGUACACGGUGGGCUCCUCGCAGGACUCCUACGACAAGCAGUACCUGCGCGACUGGCUCACGAAGCAGGGCGUCGCGGGGCAGCCGGGCAUCUCCAUGCCCGCCCAGGUCGUCGAGCAGACGAGGGCGAAGUACAUAGAGGCCUUCGAGUGUCUCACCGGGCACAGCUACACCAGCAAGUAA